GAACGACGUUGUUCCAAGUUUCCAACCCCCUUCCCCCUUUAUUUCUUUAACCAGCUUAAAAAUGAAACCACACCGCAUGAAAAGCCAAAUGUGGGUGUGUGGAUUCACGUGCCCAGCUAUUUUUUCUUUUCCUUUCAUUUUUAUUUUCUAUUUUUUAAAAUUAUUUUUUAUUUGAAAUUUAUUUUAUUUUCCUUUAUUUUCAAAAUUCAAUUUCUUACUUUAAAAUUAUCUCUUUUAUUUUAAACUCAAAAUUCAUCUUUCACUUUCAAAAUCCAUUUUUUUCAUUUUUGUUCUCAAAAUUCAAUUUUUUUUCAUUUUUCAGCAUUCAUUUGAAUUCCCUACUUCAUUUUCAAAAUUCAAAGUUUAUUUUCAAAAUUCAUUCCCAUAGUUCAAAAUUUAUUUUUCCUUUUCAAAAUUCAAAUUUCAUAUUUCAUUUUCAACUUUGAACUUUUCAAGAAUUCAUUUUUCUCAUUCAUUUUUCUCAAAAUUCAUUUUCUCAUUUUCUUUAUUAUUCUGAGGUAAGUUCCUUAGCCCCGGACAAAAUGGGUGUCAACAUGCCUAAUUAACAACCAGUAAUACCGACAAACAUUAGCACCAGUGCAAAAUAUUUUAGUUUAGAUUUGAAGAAGAUAGCAGAACCAUUCUGCAAGAAAAUAAAGCUAUCCAAUGGCCACUCCCAAUGUGGGAAGGUCUUUCUAUAGUUUGUACAUCUAAUAUCCAAGAUGAUGCAGGAGAUAUUGUUCCCCAUUCUCUCGUCCUAUAAAAAUAUCCAGAUAUUGUUCCCCAUUCUCUCGUCCUAUAAAAAUAUCCAACUGAACCACUUACAGUGCUUUAAAACGAAGAAGCACAAAAAGGAGAGGAAAAAGUGUUUGUUAUUAGAAGAGUCAAAGGUCCAGAACAAAGUGCGUCCAAACAAUACCAAUCACAAAUUCACAUUAUCUUCAUAUGAAAAAUGUCAGAUAAUGCUCCUGUUUAAGCUCCACAGGUGUAUUUGUUUGAGGUGAAAGUCAGUAGGAGGGAGAGGAUUAGACAUAGAAAAACUCAGUCAGGCAAUUAAAAAGAAUGUGAAGGACCUCCUGAUUUUUAAACAAUUUUUUAUCACAAAAUUUAUAAGGAUACUGCCCCAGAUCAUAGUAGAAAAAUUCAUAUAAUUGACCCAGACAAUAGGACCUUGAGGAUUUGUAUUUGUUGCCCUUUGUUCAAGCUUAAAAAUUUAUGAUGCCCAAUUUCAUCAUAUGUGUAUUUAUAAAUCUUUAAUAGAUGAUAAAAUUUGUUGAUGAUCCAAACUUGCCUUAAAUUAGCUUUGAGGCUCAUAAUAGAACUUUAAUCCUCACAAAGUUUUGGGUGAGAAGCAUGAAGUUGAGGUCUCAAAACCAGAGUGUCAAUUUUGAUUCACAAGUUGAGUUAGUUCACAAAGCUUUCUAAAUUGGACCUGAACCAAAAUAACUCAGUUAUUGUUUCUAUAACACAAAACUAGACCACAGCUCAAAAAGAAAGUAAAAUCUAUCGCUGACUUGCAUUGUGUGCAGAGCAAGCAUUUUCAGUUUUCAACACCUCCUUAUGCUUUAUCUUAUCACAUGCUCACUGAUUCUCUCUCUCUCUCUCUCUCUCUCUCUCACACGCGCGUGCGCAAUCCCAGAACCGCCGCCACUGCUGCCACCUCCUGCGGCCUGUGGCUGCCAGGGGCAGUGCUGUUCUGUCUGUGCUAUUGUUCCUACUCGUGACUCCUGGAAGCUCAGACGCCAACAUACUGCCCUGCCAACACCAAGCCCCUGCACUGGCUAUCCUACUCCCUCCUCCACCGCGCCACACGUUCCUUCUCCACCCACAACCUCCUCGGCCACAGAUGGCUUCAGAUCAGUCUACAAUGACAUUCACCCCUCUUUUCACCACAUUGCCGUGAAGAUUUGGAAAGAUAACAGGCUGGAUGGAGCUCAUAGCAGCCACUCUAGAAGGGGGAUGAAAGGUGAUCCAGCUAGACGAACAGAUAAGGCUCGCAAGUAGAGAAGUUGUCUACACUACCUUGUCUGUAGGGUAAGUGUUAUCAGGGGGUUGUAUUUUUUAGUAGCAUUUAGGAGUUUUUGGGUAGAAGAUGUUGGGAUGAUGUGUAAUUAUGUAUGUAUUUUUUGGGAAAAUACUGGAUUCUGGUAUUGUAAAUAUGACGGAUGAUUUUAUGUUUUCCGCUGCAUAGGUAUGUUAUUUUGUGAACAAAAUUUUCCUCAAUGCCCUCCUGGGGCCUAAGAUGUUAUAAUAGAUAAUAUAGGGGUAUUAGAGUA